UGCCGCUUAGAGGAACCAAAAAUAUCAAAUAGCCUCUAAAAUGGGGUUGAUUAUGAGGGUUGAGUUGAGCAACCUCUAAAAGCAAUUUCGUAAACUAAUGGAAACCUUAGUGAGUGAGUCACUUGACGACCUUAUGUUUGCCAUUUACAACAGAAAAAGAAGUGGAAGUUAUGAUCUUGAAAAUAGUAUCACAAGAGUCAAAUAAAAUUGAUUGAAUUCGGUGUUCUGUCAGCCAUCGUUUAGUUUUCAAAUGGUCUCUGUCGUCAAUGAAAAAUCUAAUCAGGAACCGCACUUUUAUUUUCACGGGGUAUUUUCAAUGCGCAUGCGUGACAUUAAAACACGCCCCUAUUUGCUAGUCUGUCUUUCCGAUUGGUACACAGUGCGGAAGUGAUUUGUGGCGGCGUAAACAACACUUAAAGAACACUGCUUCUUCCCGUCGGGUCACUAUUUUAGAUUAACGGAACUAAAUAUAUCCCAAAACGGAGUAUGUUUACGGCAUAUGGAUUAUAUUGUUAUGAUGUGCCUCCUUAGCACGGAGCUACUCCUUUAGUUGCUAGUUAAACUGCUGUAGCUGCAGAAAUGGACUGCGUUGUGACGGGUGGAAACGUAAAAGUGUUGGCCAAAGCCAUCCACUCCUUGUCCAGAAUCGGCGACGAGCUCUACGUCGAGCCUCAGGGUGAUGGGCUAGCCCUGCGGUCUGUGAACUCCUCACGGUCGGUUUACGGCUGCUUCCUGUUUGCGCCUCUCUUCUUUAGCAGGUACACUGUCCCCAAUGGGCGUGGCUUCCGCUGCAAGAUGUCAAUAAAGAGUGUGCAGGCAGUGUUCAGGUCUCUGGCAUCUCUGGAGAAGACGGUAGAAAAGUGUCAUAUCCAGCUGGACAAGCAAAAGGAUCGCCUCACCUUCACGCUGCAUUGCAAACACGGCCUCUUAAAGACUCACAACCUGUCUUUCCAGGACAGUGAGCGGUUACAGGCCGUGUUUGAUAAGGACAGUUGCGGAAACGUAUUUCGAGUCAAUCCAAGGUUGCUGGUGGACACAGUUGCACAUUUCCCGGUAUCUCUGGAGGAAGUAACUCUUUCAGUCAGCGAUGAACGAAUGUGGCUCAGGAAUCAUGUGGAUGAGGAAUUAGCGCAGUCCAAGGCCAUGCUGACUGAACUGUGUCUGGCCUCUGACGAGUUUGACAAUUUUGCUGUCCAAGCUCAUAUCAGCAUCACCUUCUGUCUAAAGGAGCUACGGGGUUUGCUGUUUUUUGCAGAUAGUACUGGUCUCCCUAUUUCUAUGUACUUCAAUGAGCCGGGCAGCCCUCUUGUGCUCUCAGUAUCAGACAGCGUCCUGGAAGGCAACUUUGUGCUGGCCACACUUUCAGACGAUACCAGAAACAACACAAGAGGGCCCACUUCUCCGGAGCCCCCUCCCGACGACUUUAUGAACGACGACAUGGACUCCUAUCUCAUCGCCAUGGAUAACAGUAUUGCACCGGGUCCAUCCACAGCUGAGUCCACAAGUUCAAAGCGGCACACGGUAGCCAAUCGCAGGGCAAGGCUGCACAGUGAAGGUGAGGAGGGAGAGGAAACGGCCGAAAAAGAUGGACCACCAAACAAAAAGUUCUGUUCCUUGUUGUUUGGAUCGGUUCUUCCUCUGUCGUCUCAGAUGAGCAUUCAGCCAAUGAGCAACCAGGAAGUGCUUGCCAGUGACAGUGAGGACGACACACAAAUGGACUGAUUGAUGGUUGAAAAAAUAUUUCUUGAGUGGUAGACUGAGAUUUUCCUCUUUUUACCCUGAGAAAUCAUGCAGGGGAGAACCAUUGCUAAUGUAAAAUAGGCAAUUUAUUUUUUUAUGAAUAUUGUUAUUGGGUUGUUACAUUGCAAACUUUUGGAAUCAUGUUAAAACUAAACAUUAAGCACUUGGGGUUUGUUUUGUAUACAAGAUGCAAAUCAUUUCCUUUGAAUAAACCAAACGAAAGUAAACAAUGUUAA